GCUCGAAUAAUAAGGGGCAAUGAUUUGGAUGCUUCCAAAUUCUCCGCACUCCAGGUAUUUGGUGGGGCUGGGCGAGGACUUUACGGGAUUGACAGUAUGCCAGAUCUUCGCAGGAAAAAAACUUUGCCCAUUGUCCGAGAUGUGGCCAUGACCUUGGCUGCCCGGAAAUCUGGUCUCUCCCUGGCUAUGAUGAUUAGGACAUCAUUAAACAAUGAGGAACUGAAAAUGCAUGUCUUCAGGAAGACCUUGCAGGCACUGAUCUACCCCAUGUCCUCCACCACCCCACACAAUUUUGAGGUCUGGACAGCUACGACGCCCACCUACUGUUACGAGUGUGAAGGGCUCCUGUGGGGCAUUGCCCGGCAAGGCAUGAGGUGUCUGGAGUGCGGAGUGAAGUGCCACGAAAAGUGUCAGGACCUCCUAAACGCUGACUGUUUGCAGAGAGCAGCAGAGAAGAGUUCUAAGCAUGGUGCUGAAGACAAGACUCAGACCAUUAUCACAGCAAUGAAAGAAAGAAUGAAGAUCAGGGAGAAAAACAGACCGGAGGUGUUUGAAGUAAUUCAGGAAAUGUUUCAGAUUUCUAAAGAAGAUUUUGUGCAAUACACAAAGGCAGCCAAACAGAGUGUCCUGGAUGGGACAUCUAAGUGGUCGGCAAAAAUAACCAUUACAGUGGUUUCGGCACAAGGCUUACAGGCAAAAGACAAAACUGGGUCUAGUGACCCAUAUGUUACAGUUCAAGUUGGAAAGAAUAAAAGAAGGACUAAAACCAUUUUUGGAAACUUGAACCCAGUAUGGGAUGAGAAGUUUUAUUUUGAGUGCCAUAACUCCACAGAUCGAAUCAAAGUCAGAGUGUGGGAUGAAGAUGAUGACAUUAAAUCCAGAGUCAAGCAACAUUUCAAAAAGGAGUCAGAUGAUUUUCUGGGACAAACAAUUGUAGAAGUGAGGACCCUGAGUGGUGAAAUGGAUGUCUGGUACAACUUAGAGAAACGGACAGAUAAGUCAGCUGUAUCUGGAGCCAUUCGAUUGAAAAUCAAUGUGGAAAUAAAGGGAGAGGAGAAGGUUGCUCCGUAUCAUAUACAAUAUACAUGUUUACAUGAGAAUCUGUUCCACUACUUGACUGAAGUGAAAUCUAAUGGUGGAGUAAAAAUUCCAGAGGUCAAAGGAGAUGAAGCCUGGAAGGUUUUUUUUGAUGAUGCUCCCCAAGAAAUAGUUGAUGAAUUUGCCAUGCGUUAUGGGAUUGAAUCUAUUUAUCAAGCUAUGACGCACUUUUCAUGUUUGUCUUCUAAAUACAUGUGCCCUGGUGUUCCUGCUGUCAUGAGCACCUUGCUGGCUAACAUUAAUGCUUUCUAUGCUCACACUUCAGUUUCAACAAAUGUGCAAGUUUCUGCCUCAGAUAGAUUUGCUGCUACCAACUUCGGUAGGGAAAAAUUCAUAAAACUACUGGACCAGUUGCAUAACUCUUUAAGGAUUGACCUGUCAAAGUAUAGGGAAAACUUUCCUGCCAGCAAUACUGAAAGACUGCAAGACCUCAAGUCAACUGUUGACCUGCUAACAAGCAUCACCUUUUUUAGGAUGAAG